AUUCCGGGUCCGGAGUUGGAGGCUUUGGGCGGCCGCGGCGUAGCGCGCAGUGCCGGGGCCGGCGGGGAGGCGCGCUCUCGGGGCGCGGCGCCGGCGACGCGGCCACGCGGCGCGCUCCCGAGGAAGGGAGGUGUGGGGUCGGCUGGGGGUGGCGCGUGGCCGGGGUGGGGGUGGGGGGAGGGUCGGGUGUCGGCGAGCUCCGCGUGCGGGUUCCGAGUGGCUGCUGGCGGCCUGGGCUGCCGGGGCCGACGCCUGGGUGGCUGCCGCCGCCGCGCCUGCUGCGAGAUGGCGAUCUUGGGCGCGGAAGGUUGAGGGCGCCCGCCGCAGGAGGAGGUGCCGCUGCCGUGGCCGCCCGGCUCCGGGAGCCGACAGCUUCGCGCCGGGGUUGUCUCCUCACAGACUAUGAGCUCCUUGAAAGAGGGAAUCGUGUCUUACUCAUCUUUGUAUCCCCAGUGUCUAGCAGUUCCUGAUACAUAGUUUUAGCUGAAUUUUGGGACAUGGCCACUGCUUCACCAAGGUCUGAUACUAGUAAUAACCACAGUGGAAGGUUGCAGUUACAAGUAACUGUUUCUAGUGCCAAACUUAAAAGAAAAAAGAACUGGUUCGCAACAGCAAUAUAUACAGAAGUAGCUGUAGAUGGAGAAAUUAUGAAAACAGCAAAAUCCAGUAGUUCUUCUAAUCCAAAAUGGGAUGAACAGCUAACUGUAAAUGUUACACCACAGACUACAUUGGAAUUUCGAGUUUGGAGCCGUCAGGCUUUAAAAGCAGAUGCUUUAUUAGGAAAAGCAACCAUAGAUUUGAAAGAAGCUCUGUUGAUACACAAUAGAAAAUUGGAAAGAGUGAAAGAACAAUUAAAACUUUCCUUGGAAAACAAGAAUGGCAUAGCACAAACUGGUGAAUUGACAGUUGUGCUUGAUGGAUUGGUGAUUGAGCAAGAAAAUAUAACAAACUGCAGCUCAUCUCCAACCAUAGAAAUACAGCAAAAUGGUGAUGCCUUACAUGAAAAUGGAGAGCCUUCAGCAAGGACAACUGCCAGGUUGGCUGUUGAAGGCACGAAUGGAAUAGAUAAUCAUGUACCUACAAGCACUCUAGUCCAAAACUCAUGCUGCUCAUAUGUAGUUAAUGGAGACAACACACCUUCAUCUCCAUCUCAGGUUGCUGCCAGACCCAAAAAUACACCAGCUCCAAAACCACUCACAUCUGAGCCUGCCGAUGACACUGUUAAUGGAGAAUCAUCCUCAUUUGCACCAACUGAUAAUGCUUCUGUCACGGGUACUCCAGUAGUGUCUGAAGAAAAUGCCUUGUCUCCAAAUUGCACUAGUACUACUGUUGAAGAUCCUCCAGUUCAAGAAAUACUGACUUCUUCAGAAAACAAUGAAUGUAUUCCUUCUACCAGUGCAGAAUUGGGAUCUGAAGCUAGAGGUAUAUUAGAGCCUGACACCUCUAAUUCUAGAAGUAGUUCUGCUUUUGAAGCAGCCAAAUCAAGACAGCCAGAUGGGUGUAUGGAUCCUGUACGGCAGCAGUCUGGGAAUGCCAACACAGAAACCUUGCCAUCAGGGUGGGAACAAAGAAAAGAUCCUCAUGGUAGAACCUAUUAUGUGGAUCAUAAUACUCGAACUACCACAUGGGAGAGACCACAACCUUUACCUCCAGGUUGGGAAAGAAGAGUUGAUGAUCGUGGAAGAGUUUAUUAUGUGGAUCAUAACACCAGAACAACAACGUGGCAGCGGCCUACCAUGGAAUCUGUCCGAAAUUUUGAACAGUGGCAAUCUCAGCGGAACCAAUUGCAGGGAGCUAUGCAACAGUUUAACCAACGAUACCUCUAUUCGGCUUCAAUGUUAGCUGCAGAAAAUGACCCUUAUGGACCUUUGCCACCAGGCUGGGAAAAAAGAGUGGAUUCAACAGACAGGGUUUACUUUGUGAAUCACAACACAAAGACAACCCAAUGGGAAGAUCCAAGAACUCAAGGCUUACAGAAUGAAGAACCCCUGCCAGAAGGCUGGGAAAUUAGAUACACUCGUGAAGGUGUAAGGUACUUUGUUGAUCAUAACACAAGAACAACAACAUUCAAAGAUCCUCGCAAUGGGAAGUCAUCUGUAACUAAAGGUGGUCCACAAAUUGCUUAUGAACGCAGCUUUAGGUGGAAACUUGCUCACUUCCGUUAUUUGUGCCAGUCUAAUGCGCUACCCAGUCAUGUAAAGAUCAAUGUGUCCCGGCAGACAUUGUUUGAAGAUUCCUUCCAACAGAUUAUGGCAUUAAAACCCUAUGACUUGAGGAGGCGCUUAUAUGUAAUAUUUAGAGGAGAAGAAGGACUUGAUUAUGGUGGCCUAGCGAGAGAAUGGUUUUUCUUGCUUUCACAUGAAGUUUUGAACCCAAUGUAUUGCUUAUUUGAGUAUGCGGGCAAGAACAACUAUUGUCUGCAGAUAAAUCCAGCAUCAACCAUUAAUCCAGACCAUCUUUCAUACUUCUGUUUCAUUGGUCGUUUUAUUGCCAUGGCACUAUUUCAUGGAAAGUUUAUCGAUACUGGUUUCUCUUUACCAUUCUACAAGCGUAUGUUAAGUAAAAAACUUACUAUUAAGGAUUUGGAAUCUAUUGAUACUGAAUUUUAUAACUCCCUUAUCUGGAUAAGAGAUAACAACAUUGAAGAAUGUGGCUUAGAAAUGUACUUUUCUGUUGACAUGGAGAUUUUGGGAAAAGUUACUUCACAUGACCUGAAAUUGGGAGGUUCCAAUAUUCUGGUGACUGAGGAGAACAAAGAUGAAUAUAUUGGUUUAAUGACAGAAUGGCGUUUUUCUCGAGGAGUACAAGAACAGACCAAAGCUUUCCUUGAUGGUUUUAAUGAAGUUGUUCCUCUUCAGUGGCUACAGUACUUCGAUGAAAAAGAAUUAGAGGUUAUGUUGUGUGGCAUGCAGGAGGUUGACUUGGCAGAUUGGCAGAGAAAUACUGUUUAUCGACAUUAUACGAGAAACAGCAAGCAAAUCAUUUGGUUUUGGCAGUUUGUGAAAGAGACAGACAAUGAAGUAAGAAUGCGACUACUGCAGUUCGUCACUGGAACCUGCCGUUUACCUCUAGGAGGAUUUGCUGAGCUCAUGGGAAGUAAUGGGCCUCAAAAGUUUUGCAUUGAAAAAGUUGGCAAAGAUACUUGGUUACCAAGAAGCCAUACAUGUUUUAAUCGCUUGGAUCUACCACCAUAUAAGAGUUAUGAACAACUAAAGGAAAAACUUCUUUUUGCAAUAGAAGAGACAGAGGGAUUUGGACAAGAAUGAAUGUGGCUUCUUAUUUUGGAGGAGCUCUUGCAUUUAAAUACCCCAGCCAAGAAAAAUUGCACAGAUAGUGUAUAUAAGCUGUUCAUUCUGUACAGUGAAUUUUCCGAACCUCUCAAAGUAUGUUUUCCGUUCUUCCACAGAAAUAUGCAAAACAGUUCAUCCUUUUCUACUUUAUUUAUUGUUCCCUUGAAAUGACUGACUAGGAAAAAGAUCAUCCUUAAAUUUUGAAGCAACUUUAUUAAAAAUACAUAUAUAUCUAUAAAAGCAUAUAUGAUAGUGGCUCUAGUUUUAUAGAGCUCCAAGUGUAUGAAACAUGACAGCCGUUCAUUCAUAAAGAUCUGGAUUUGCUUUACUUUGUUAAUAUUAUCUAGGGGAAAAAGUGCAAAUUGCUCCAUGUUCUUCUCUCCCUUAUGUAACAUCUCCUGAGGGUGUUUAGUUGCAUGGCUGUUCAGGAAGGUAUUAAGGGCUUAGGCCAAAUCUUACUUUGAGUAUGUUAAAAAAAAAAAAAUGCUGCUGGCUUUUCUGAAGACAGGUGCUUGAACCUGUCAGUUUGUUUUAAAUAAAUACAAUAGUUGAAAAUUUUUCUCUCUGUUACAUCAGUAAUAUUGUCAAAGUAAUGGAUAAAACCAUAACUUACACACGAAAGUCAUAUACUAGAUCUGAUACUAUUUAGUUUAUUAUCGAAAUUGGAAAGAUUCAUUGAGCAGCAUAGAAGUUUGUUUACAUGUUGAGAUGCUAGGUAUCUGUGGAAUUAAAAAGAAUCAGGCACUUUUGUACUUUGUUUUUAAAUCUGUGAUGUUUUUCAAAUUUAAUUCAUAAUAAAUUGAUGCAGUUUCAUACUUAGGAACAUACAAAAGGUAAUGUGAACUCUGCCACUUUGUGUUCAAAGUUUUGGAUUUUAUGAAGCCAGAUGGAUUGAAGAGUUACGUAAGCAUUUGAAUGCUCUAAUAUGAGGCUAAUGAUUUUCUGUUAGUGUUUGAAUAUCUUCAUUCCUCUCAAAUUCAUAACAGUUCUAUUUAUCUGAAUUAAAUAAGCAUAUAAAAAUCUUUUGGGUCGCCCCCUUUUUACACAGAUAAUUAUUUUUGUCAUAAGUAACACUUUUUAAUUGUUUUUCAUCAUAAGGGCCUUUGCUGAACUACAAAAAUGUGUAACAAAUUAAAAUCUGAUGUGAAUGAUAUUAAUGCUACUUUUAGCAAACUGGGCUUCCUAAUACAAAAAAUUUUAAAUUUCCAUUUGUAUCAUGCUUUUAAUAUGCACUGUAAAUUUCAUCAACUUAAACAUUUUUUAUAGCCAUGGAACUGACUUCUUAAAAUAUGUUGCCUAUAAAUAUUUCACUGCUAAGUACAUACAGAAAAACAGUAAUUAUUGUUUUGCCAAAAUUUUAUUUUUCUACAUACUGAGAGUGUGUUCUGCAUUUUAUUCAGAAUUCAUAGUAAAGACGAAAGAAAGGCAG